AUGAAGACCCUCCAAAUUUACAACGGCACCCCUGGCACUGGCCCCAACCCCUGGAAAGUCAUCAUCAUCCUCAUUGACCUCUCCCUCCCCUACCAAAUCGUCUGGAUCCCCUACAAAGAAAUCACCUCGGAGCCCUACACUACCCUCAACCCCAACGGCCGCUUCCCAGCCUUUAUCGACCCCAACACCGACGUAACCCUCUUCGAAUCGGGCGCCGUGAUCGAGUACCUCGUCACUACGUACGACACGGGUCUCAAGCUCACGUACGGCGACAACCAGCUCCAGGACAAAUGGUUGCUCCGUAGCUGGCUCAUGUUCCAGAUGAGUGGCCAGGGCCCCAUGUUCGGGCAGAAGAUGUGGUUUACCCAUUUCCAUGUCGAGCCGAACGUCACGUCGGCUAUUCAAAGGUAUGGGGAUGAGACGAGGAGGAUUGUGGGGGUAAUUGAGAGGCAGCUAGGGAAGCAGAGGGAGAAGCGGGGCCUGGGGCCCGAGGAGGAGAUCUGGCUUGUUGGGGAGAAGUGCACGUAUGCGGAUUUGGCGUUUGUGACUUGGGAUUUGCUGCUGGAGGGGAGGAUUUUUCCGCGUGGUGAAUUUGAUGCGGAAAAGGAGUUUCCGGAGUUUUACAAGUGGCAUCAGAAUUUGCUGAGGCGGCCGGCUGUUAGUGAGGCUGUCAGGAUGCGAGAAGAGGCGAUGAGGACGAUGGAGAACAGUGCGGCGGCAGUUUUACCGAAACGGAGUGAGUGA